UGUUAUAUUUUUUAUCCCAAAACGGAUCGUUUACGACACUUUAUUCGAACAAUCAAAACCUGGUGAGCCUGUGACCCAUUCCGAGUGAGUAGAUUUCUUACAUUGGAAUACAACCUUAACUAAAGAUGCCUGCUGAAGGGAAGAAGAAGCUGUACGUUGCCAGGUCGAUGGAAGAGCUCAACAAAAUGGCUGAUCAUCAGUUGGUAAAAGGCUGGAAUAUUAAAAAUUAUUGUAGUUCAGCUUCUAAAGUGUUCAGUGCAGCAGAACAGCAGUUCAAACUGGGAGAUGAAGAGAAAUCAUAUGUGCUUUAUAUGAAAUAUUUUAAUAUUGUGAAGCAGAUACAUAAAACUAAGGAAUAUAAAGCAGAUAAGAAAUUUUUUACUUCUCUGCUUGGCCAAUCUAGUAGCAUCAUAGCAAUUGAAAAAGCUGAGAUACUGGCUGAACAUCUGAAUAAAAGAUACUCUGAAUUUCAAGAAGAAGAAGAACUUAGAAAGAGGAUUGAAGAUGAAGAAAGGAUGAAGUUGGAAACUGAGAACGAUGAAAAAGAAGAUGAAAAAAAUAGCAACCAUGAAUCUCUAGAAAUAGUAUCCACAUGUGCUGAAGGUGAGAUUACACCAGUACAACUUUAUAGUCUCUUUGAAGAUGAAGAUGCGUCUGUUCUUCUGAUGGAUGUUAGACCGGCAACUCAGUUUGAGGUCUCACGCAUCACACACAGACAAUGUAUUAAUGUUCCUGCUGAUAUUAUAAAGCCAGGAACAUUAACAAGUGCGAUAGAGAAAGGCUUAUCAACUGACGCCCUUGAGCUUUGGAAUAAACGAGGAUCUUUUGAUUACAUAAUUUUAUUAGAUUGGGACAGUGAUUUGUCAUCAGUGACUGUUGGGUCAACUCUCCAUAGUCUCAAAGAUGCUAUAUACAAGUGGGACUCUGUAGUGAUUGUUAAAAGUAAACCUUUAAUACUGGAAGGUGGUUAUGAUGCCUGGCUGCUACAUUAUCCACAGUUUACAACCAAUCCAUCAAUACCAAGACCACCAAAAUAUAGAGAAGUUGCUGCCAUCACCACACUCUUGGAUUUUGAUUACCCUACUCUGGAGGAUGAGCCCCCUAAAAAACCACUGACUUCCUCGGAAAGCCUGCAUGAAAAUUUUAAUGGUUCGCAGUCUAAAGAUUUGGUUCCUGGUAUUCCUUCCAGUAAUUCCUUACCAGCUGUGGCUCCAAUGCCUCAAUUUGAUAGAUCAAAUAAACCCAAAUCAUCAGAACCAUCACCUGCCAUUCACAGUGUAAGCAUGCCACAGCUGAAAUCUCUUUCUCUGGAUGAUCAGUCAGCAACACUUACCAGAAAUCCCUCUGUAGAUAGGAGUAAGAAACCCAACCUUUCUGAUGGAGUUGUCAAUGAUACUGGGAAAAGCCCUGAGGAGGAAAAGUCAAAUAUAAUGGAAGAAAUGCGUGUACAGCAAAGAGAACUGGAAGAAAGAAUCCGUAUUGAAAAGGUACGCAUAAAGGAAGCUGAGAAUGCAGCAAAGAAUCAGGAGAUGCGACAGAAACAAGAAGAAGAGAAAGCUCGUUUAGAGAAACUUAGACAACAAGCAGAAGAAAUGAGAAAGGAGAGAGAAAGGAAAGAGAGAGAGUUGGAUGAAGCAAAGAAAAGGGCUGCUCAGCAACAAGAAGACCGAGUGAAGCAAGAAAAAGAGAAUGCCUUGCGAAAAGAUGCUGAGAUGCUAGCAAAAAGGAAAGAUGCAGAGAUGCGAGAGAAAAGAGAGGCUGCGAAGAAGGAUGCAGAGAUAAUAGCAAGAAGGGAAGCUGCAAAGAAGCAAGAAGAGCAGGAAAAAACAGAACAAGAGGCUUUGAGAAUAAAAGCAGAACUGGCAGAUCAAGAGGAGCAACAGAAAAGAGCGCAAGAAAUAGAGAUGAGAAAUAGAGAAAUAGAACUAGAACGUCAACGUAAGUUGAGAGAAGAAGAGUUAGAAAGGAUGAGGAAAGCAAAAGAAGAUGAUGAGCAACGAAAAAAGCUGAAAGAGGAAGAGGAGAAAAUGCAACAGAUGAAAGAAGAAAAGAUAAGAGCUGAACAAGAAGCAAUUAAAAUCAAACAGAGUGAACAGAGAUUGAAAGAUGAGCAAGAGCAAUUAGCAAAACAACAAGCUAAAGGAAUGAAGAAAGUACAACUUCCAGCUGGAUGGGAGAAAAAAUUGGAUUCCAAUACUGGUAGAUAUUACUAUAUAGAUCACGGAACAGGUACUACGCAUUGGAAGUUGCCUGAUACUGUCACACAAAGUGGAAAGCCUAGAAACCGGGACUUAUCAUCAUACAAAGUUCCUCUAGAGAGUGAACCAAAAAGUAAUCUAAAAAGAUCACACUCAUCACCAAAUGUUGCUCAGUUAGUGGACAGUGAUUUAAGAAGACCAACGCCACAAUUUGACAGAUCUAGCAAGCCCCUCAUAAGACCUUCGCGUCCCAAUGUAGAAAUACGUACUUCAGAUGUAUCAGCAGCCCAAGUGAGGAAUCUCAAUCCAGUAUUUGGUAAUCAGGGACGUGCACUUACCGGCCUCAAGAAUCUGGGAAACACAUGUUUUAUGAAUUCAAUUAUACAAAGUUUAGCAAAUAGUACUCCAUUAGCUACAUACUUCAUAGAAGGAUCUUAUAAAUACCACAUUAACAGGGAAAAUAAAUUAGGUCGUGGUGGUAAAGUAGCAGAAGAGUUUGCAGUGGUUAUCAAUGCUAUAUGGUCUGGUCACUACCGAUCUAUAUCACCGCGUGAUUUCAAAUUAACAGUCAGUAAGUUUGUACCUCAGUUUGCAGGAUAUGAACAACAAGAUUCACAGGAAUUUUUACUAUUUUUAUUAGAUGGACUUCACGAAGAUUUAAACCGGGUAAAGCAUCGUAAGUACAUUGAAGAAAAAGACAACACGCACCUUACAGAUGAUCAGGCAGCCCAGCUUGCAUGGAAUAAUCACAAACGUUUAAACGAGUCAAUCAUGGUGGAGUUGUUCCAGGGACAGUUCAAAUCCACUCUACAGUGCCUGUUCUGUCAGAAGAAAUCAGUUACAUAUGAUGCAUUUAUGUACCUAUCUUUACCACUACUAUCAAAUAACAGAUGUUCAUUAUAUGACUGUGUCAAGAAUUUCACCAAGUUGGAAAAAGUAGGCGGUGCUGACAAGUGGUUUUGUCCAAAAUGUAAAGUUCACAGAGAAGCUAAUAAACGUAUAGAAAUCUGGAAAUUACCGCAUAUCCUGCUUAUACACCUCAAACGGUUUUCCUAUGAAGGAGUCUGGAGGCAUAAACUACAAACAGAUGUAGAUUUCCCUAUAAAUAAUUUAGAUAUGAGUUCACAUGUUAUUGGACCAAAGAAACGUAGUAGUUAUAAUCUUUAUGCAGUAUCAAACCAUUAUGGUACUAUGGAUGGCGGCCAUUAUACAGCAUUCUGUAAAAAUGCAAUAAGACAAAAAUGGUAUAAAUUUGAUGACACGGAGGUCUAUGAAAUGCCAACACGAAAUGUCAAGUCGUCAGCUGCAUAUAUCCUCUUCUAUACCUCAAUUGAACUUCCACCUCCGGCAAUGCAUACAUUUUGA